AUGUCCACGACUGCCACGGGUGCUAGCGUGACGCCUACGGGCACGAAGGUGGAUGCGGCGGCGGCGGAUCUUCGCGGCAUUGUGGAGGGCGCUGCUCAGCGGCAGGAGUUGGAGCAGAGCGCAGACGCCUUUCUGCGGAGUAACACGAGACACAAAGCUGCUGAUGUUUUACUGGCACUCUGUGCAUACACGUUUGGAGGCCUUAUGCAUGUGCGUGGUCAAGGCACGGCACUCACAAGCCUUUCCAUGUGGGCCUCAGGCACCACAUUUCUGCUUAACAUGCAGGUGCGUAAAGUAUUCGAGAUUGAGGACACAGCAAGGCGUCGUCAGGUGGCGGCAGGGAUGAGCUUAGAGGAGAGGAACGUGUUUCAAUUGGAAACAGUGGCGUCGUGGGUGUGGAUGCUUACUUCGAUGCAGCAGUUCAAAGUUCAUAAGCGUAUGAAGUACUGCGGCUAUAGCAGUUGGAUGGGAUUAGGUUGCUGUAUGUACUUCACGCUACGACAUGCAUACAAUGCGCUGCUGCUCGAAUAG